AAAAGUUUAUUUUUUUUAAAAAAAAAAAUGGCAAUUCCUAAAAAUAUUAUUCUUGUUAUUAUUGUUUUUGUAGCAACUUUAUUCUCUAUAGUUUUGGCUACACCAGGGACUGCAACAUUUUAUACUAACUAUGUUCCAUCGGCGUGUUAUGGAAGUACACCUCAAGGUACUAUAAUAGCAGCAGCUAGUGAUUUUUUAUGGGAUGAUGGAAAAAUAUGUGGAAAAAUAUUUAAUGUUACAUGUACUGGACCAACAAAUCCUGUGCCACACCCUUGUACUGGCAAGAGUAUGGUUGUGAAAAUUGUGGAUCAUUGUCCUGGAUGUGGUGGAACCCUAGAUCUAUCUAAAGAAGUUUUUUCGACUAUCGCGAAUCCUAUAGCUGGUGUUAUCAAGAUCGAUUACGUUCAGAUUUAAUAAAGGACAUCAAGAAAUUAAGUUUAUAGUA